AUGCCACUAAGAGAGAAGCUUAAGGUAUUACUUGAUGGCGUAUUUGAAUUGCGAGAGGAGAAUGGUAUGAAGAUUCUACCAAUUUUUUAUACUUUACCUUUAAGAAAGGACUACCCAGAUUACUAUAAAAUUAUAAAAAAGCCCUUAAGUUUGGCUACCGUGAAAAAGAGGUUAAACCACUAUGAAAAGGCUCAAGAGUUUGUUAUUGACUUAGUAAGGAUUACUUGGAACGCAAGAACGUAUAAUACAAAGGAAUCUGAGAUAUACCACUAUGCAUUAAUCAUGGAUCGAUAUAUCAGAGAACAUAUUAUACCACAGAUUGAACGCGAAAUAGAACAUGUGACUUAUCCAUAUUUAGGCCCACUUCCUGACGAACAACCUUUGCCGGGUGUUCCUAUAGCAGAUGAUGACGAUGAGAAUACCAGCGCUAUGAAAGACGAAUCAGUUGUUCCAGAGAUAGUAGAAGAAAAGGAUGCUACUGCUGAUGAGGAAGACCAAGAAGCUUCUGUUGCUCCUGAUGACGAAGAGGACGACGAAUAUCGAGAAAAAAAGAGAGUGAAUAAACUCAGAUUACCGAAUAUUACUCCAACACCUUCAGCUGUAAGUAAAUCUACUACACCGCAGCCUUCCUUACAAAGACAUCAAGUUACGAAAGCGCAUACGAGACGUGGCAGGCCUCCUGUAAUUGAUCUACCUUUUGAGCAAAGGAUUAAGAAUGUUUUGAAGAAUUUAAAGAGAGAAUUUUUGUCCGCCACAAGAGAAUUAUUGACGUCUCGUUUCGAUAAAUUACCUGAUGAAGAAAGAGAACCGCAGUAUUAUACGGUUAUUUCAAAUCCUUUGUCUUUGGAUGAUAUCAAGAAACGUAUUAAACAACGGAAGUAUAAAGAUUUCCAGGGGUUCGAGAAUGAUAUAAGAUUGAUGUUGAAUAAUUACAGAAUGUAUCAUAGGUCUCAGCCUCAAGAAAUGAGGCGCGCCGCUGAAUUCGAAACAAAGUUUAAUGAAUUUGCAAAAUAUGAAUUGUCUAGACCCGAUGAAGAUUUUAUGACUGAUGGAGAAUUAAAGUAUCCAUUAAAUCAAAUUGAAUUAAAUGGCAAGACGUAUAAAAUUGGGGAUUGGAUUUUACUACGUAACCCAAAUGAUGAAACAAAACCAACUGUUGCCCAAAUUUUCCGGUUUUGGCAUACGAAUGAUGGCAGACGUUGGUUGAAUUGUUGCUGGUACUUAAGGCCAGAACAAACUGUCCAUCGUGUAGACAGAUUAUUUUAUAAAAAUGAAGUGGUCAAGUCCGGACAAUACAGAGAUCACUUAGUGGAGGAAAUUAUCGGUAAGUGUUACGUUUGUCAUUUUACAAGGUAUCAACGUGGUGAUCCGGAUCUAGAAUUAGAGGGACCAUUGUUUGUCUGUGAGUAUAGGUACAAUGAAUCUGAAAAAGUAUUCAACAAAAUCAGAACAUGGAAAGGUUGCUUGCCCGAAGAAGUGCGUGACAUUGAAGAGCCAACAUUCCCAGUUAUUGGCAGAAAGUUUUUUAAGUAUGAGUCUCCAAUCAAACACCUUUUGCCACCCAAUGCUACUGUGAAUUCCCCCAUACCACAGCCAACGGAAGGUGUUGUGAAUGCCCCUCCAUUGGUUGGGGCUGUCUACUUAAGACCUAAGGUGAAGAAAGAUGAUUUAGGAGAGUACUCGACAUCUGAUGACUGCCCUAGAUAUAUCAUUAGGCCUGGUGAUCCACCAGAGCCUGGUAAGAUCAAUUCAGAAACGGGGACUAUAAUAACAAACUCGCAGACUGCAAGUGUUUUACCGAAGAUGAAUAUGUCCACUCCCCGACUAUCAUCAUUGAAUCGGAAUGGUAGCUAUUCUAGUUUGGUUGGUAGAAAUGGCAGCCCUACAUCAUUACCGAGAUCUACACAGUACUUCCCACCAGUUCCAAAUGGAGACUUAAGGACACUACCUAUAGUUCAACAGGUACCUAAGCAAGGUCUUAUCAACGGUCAAGUGUUAUCUAACAAAGGUGGGAUACCUGCAACUCCUAUCAAUUCUAAUGCUACGUCUGGUACUGUAAACGGAAGUACUCCUGCAUAUCAGCCACCUUCAAUUAUCAACAAUUUAGCCGCUCAAGCUAGAACAAAUAACUCUGUACUGGGUAACAUUGUUGUUGAUACACCUGGAGCAUAUACUUUACCAUUAUCUAUUACUAAAAAUGUGGAAGUUCUCCAAAGAACUGACUAUAAUAACCAGGUUAGAAGGUUAGGUAAGGAACAGGUACCUAAGAAAAGGAAGUAUAAAGGUGAAGUUUUGUGGUUUAAGGGAGCUAGUGUUGUAUGCUACGAACGAUUGCUAAAUAGUGGUGGUGAUAUGGAAGUACCAUUGAAUAGAUGGUUUAAGAAGCGGAGGAAACUGGACUACGAAGAAGUUGAUGAAGAAGUCGGUGACGGAACGCAAAUAGAAAAUGGUAGUAAUGAUGACUACGAUGAUUCCCAAGACGAGCAGAAUGAAUUGCCUGGUACUUUUCCAAUGGGCUUGAGGCCGAGUGCCAAGUAUAUGUCUUACAAGAUUUGUUCCGGACAUUGUUAA